AUGGAGACAACAACCUUGACAUUAUGGGGGCUCACUUUGUUCCUCCUGCUUUUAAAUCGGGAUUUGGAGGUUUGUGACGGUUCAUCAGUGGCUGCUGAGUCAACAUUGAAUUACAACUACACCAAAUACCACCCUAUGGAUGAGAUAUAUAGAUGGAUGCAAGAGGUGGAGAAAGAAAACCCUGACCUGAUCUCUUCUGCUGUCUAUGGACACACCUUUGAAGGGAGGAAAAUAAUACUGCUAAAGCUGGGACUAAAGCAGCCAGCAGGUAAUGUGAAGAAGGCCAUAUGGAUGGACUGUGGUAUCCAUGCUAGGGAGUGGAUCGCCCCUGCCUUCUGCCAGUGGUUUAUCAAAGAGAUUGUCCAGGAAUAUAGAGAUAAUGCGAAGUUGACGCAGAUUCUACAAAACCUCGACUUCUAUGUGACGCCCGUGCUCAAUGUGGAUGGAUACACGUUCUCCUGGACCAAUGACAGCACCCGUCUGUGGAGGAAGUCGAGGUCGGUUCCUCCUGCAGGCUGUGAGUGUUAUGGCGUCGACCUGAACAGGAACUACAACGCCAACUGGGGAACUGUAGGUGUGUCGCUUGACUGCUGUGACAACACCUACUGUGGGACAUCACGGCAGUCGGAGCCUGAGACCCGGGCCGUGACGGAGUUUGUGGGUAAACUGACAAAAGAACUUUUAGCUUUCCUUACCAUCCACUCUUCUGGGCAACUGAUACUACUUCCAUAUGGACAUCCUCAAAUAUCAGCACCCAACUACGAUGAACUGGUUUCAGUGGGCAGGGCAGCCGCAGCCAAGAUGAAAAAGCUGCAUGGGAUGGACUACAAAGUAGGAACAUCUCCAGAAAUCCUCUACCCAAACUCAGGUUCUAGUCGGGACUGGGCUCGACUCAUUGGCAUCCCCUUCUCCUACACCUUUGAGCUGAGAGACACAGGUGAGUUCGGCCACUUGCUGCCAGAGGACCAGAUCCAGCCUGCCUGUGAGGAAGCCUACGUGGGGGCUCUGUCCAUCAUCACGCAUGUUCACGACCAGGCCUUCAACAUCCUCAUCCCUAACGCCGCUCUCACCACAGUGACGGGCAUUACCACGGUUACGGGAGUCGUUGCCGCACUAUGGAGCAGUGUCGUGGCAAUGUCUCUCGCCACAUGGGGACUGGUAUAGGACAACAGAGGCCACAGAGAUUAAGGCGAACUCUACACACACAGAGCAUCAUCUAGGGAUGCAGAGGGACCUUCUCUGCAGACAGUAUGGGAUGCCAGGAGAGACGAGCUGUGCCUCAAAAAUAACACUCAAUAGUUAAAGACCUUUGAAUGUUUUAUUUUCCCCCUAGCAGUCUUGGAUCUUUUCUGUCCCAGGCAAAAAUUAAAAAUUGUUGAUUUUUUUUAAAGAAGAUUGGAAAUUAUUUUUGAUAAAUAUCUGUGGGUUUAUGAUUCAGUCAUUGGGUCAUGAUUCAAUAUCCCGAUUAAACAUCUAAAUGGCCAAAAAAGGUUAAUCCUGUAAAUGUGUGAUUGAUUGACACAU